AAAGAGUCUAUCUACCGCUAAACCUAACAUUAUUUUUUAUGAGUGUGCUUUUAUUUAAAAUAGUUUAUAACUCCACUUAUCAUUGUUUACACUGAUUUAAAGACUCAUUGAUAUGAAAUGUGAUUUGUUUUGAUGUGUAAUCCUGACAGCGCAAGACACAACCCACUGCAUUUAUGCUUCAUUCACCUCCCCAGAAUAUAUAAAUACAGAUAUGAAACAACUAGUUUUACUUGCUCUUCAGGCUGGAAAGUGUGAAUUAAAAAACAGCGACAAAGGCUGAAACCGAAGAAUGGAGACUAUUGUGAUUCUUUUGCUCUCCAUGGCUGUUUUUACAGGUUGCCAAAUUGGUCUUAUUAAUGCAGAGGAGCCCAAUCCACAUCUGGAAAACUUAAAAGAUUUGUUCUGGAGCUUUGUUGCCCAAGCAACACACACCACUGACAAAACAGCAGAUGAGAAGAUCAAUGAACCCCAGCUUGGACAGGAAGUCAGUACCAGCCCAACACAGGACUCUGAUCAGUAUAUCACCACCAUCAAGAAUCACAUGGAUAUAGUGGCUAAAGAGUGGAUGAGCAAUGUUGCUAAAGAGGCUGAAGUUUUAAAAGAACUUCUGGAGCAGGAUCUGAUGACAUUGAAAGACCAACUUGAGUCCUACGCUGACAAUAUCAAGAGCCAAAUACAGCAGAGAGUUGAGGAGCUCGGGGACGCCAUGGCUCCAUAUGCAGAUUCCCUGGAUUCUGAGACAUUAAAUGACACUCUGAUCCAGACAAGUGAGGAGAUAAAGAGCUGAAGAAACUGUUUACAAAUGUUGUGAAUCUGUUUUUGGUAUAAUGCAACAAUAAAAUCAUGUUGUAUUUAAACACUCUGUACUGCAUAUUGACUUCCUCAGAUGAAACAUGUUUGCACUUAAAGCAUCACUGUGUAUUUAUAGCGCUCUCUAGUGGUGGGAAAUGCAAUUUCUCUCAUCUCU